AUAAAUUCUCUCAUCAAUGGGAAACUGUAAUGGCUGUCUACAGUCACGCAAGGGGGUUACAGAGUCGAUAACGGAGCUAUCCUUAAUGAUGCUAAAACCCUAACCGAUAAGCAUAAAGGCCAAGAUCAAAGAAUGGAAGAAGCUAAAUCUAAAAUGAAUUCUCCAUCUCUGCCUUAUGUUCCAUCUCUGCCUUAUGUGAACGUCGAUUCUUCUCUCCGAGCUCUCGCCGGUCAAGUUGAAGGUUUCGGCCGCUCUGCCAUUGGCGGUCUUCACGGUCCACUUUAUCACGUUAUUACUUUGGAAGACAAGCAUAAUAAUUAUGGAUGGAGACUGUAAUAUAUUUUUGGAGCAACUUUUUCAAGUCAAUAUUGGUGCCAAUUUGAGACAACUCAAUGCUGAGAUAUUGCUUGCCUUGUUCUGGAGGUUGCUGGAGAAAUUUUUCACUACGAUUUCAUCAGGUUUCUACAAGGACGAAGAGCAGGGUUGGCUGUGUUCACAGGAUUUCUGUCUUUUUCUCUUCAUCUAAGUCAAAACAUGUUUUCCAUAAGCAUCUCAACUUUUUAGUCACAAAAUUCAAGAAUUCCCAAGGCAGAUUUUUAUCUAGAUUUUUCACUGAAGAAGGUAUUCCAUUAGCUUUCCAACUGAAAAGCCUUCGCUCUUUCCUGUUUCUUGGUUCUCAAUCAGAUGAAAGUUUACUUGUCCAACUUCUGGCUGAAUUUCCUUCGCUGCUUGUUCCUCUAUCUAAUGAUAUUCAGGUGAAAGUGGAAAAUGGAGUCACUUUCUCGGGGAACUGCCAAGCUUAAUGGUUGAAUUUAAAGCAUUGUUACUAUCUGAUAGAAACGUGCUUUUCUCGUUUUUUACAUCUGUUCUGGGCUGCUCACGCAAUAAUCUUCUACUGCCAGAAAUAAUUGGAGAAAGGUUUGAAAAAUCUAAAAAGAAUCAGAUCAUGCAUUUCAUUGUUGGCUUUGCUCUAACCUUCCUUCUUUUACACUGGUAA